GGAUUUAAGUACAGACAGUAAAGAAAGUAUAGUUGAGAAUAGCGCCUCAUAGAAGAGUUCUAACUUUGAUCGUGUCAAUUUUCAUAUUCUUCGAAUUUAUUAAUUAAAAAUAUGUCUAAGUAUAAGAUUGUUAUGGUUCGCCAUGGCGAGAGCGAAUGGAACAAAUUAAAUCUGUUUUGUGGAUGGUACGAUGCUAAUUUAUCUGAUAAAGGUAAAUCGGAAGCUGUGUCAGCUGGAAAAGCCGUUAAAGAAGCAGGUCUUACUUUUGAUGUCGCUCAUACAUCCGUCUUGACAAGAGCUCAAGAAACUUUGAAAUCUAUUUUGAAAGAAAUCAAUCAAGAAGAUAUUCCUAUUUUGAAAACAUGGCGAUUAAAUGAGCGUCAUUAUGGUGGUCUCACCGGUAUGAACAAAGCAGAAACAGCAGCUAAAUAUGGAGAGGAACAAGUACAAAUUUGGAGAAGAUCUUUCGAUGUACCACCACCUCCAAUGGAACCUGAUCAUAAAUAUUAUGAAACGAUAACUAAGGAUGCUAGAUAUGCUAGCGAACCUAAGCCUGAGGAAUUUCCUAAAUUUGAAUCCUUAAAAUUAACCAUAGAAAGGACUCUGCCUUAUUGGAAUAAUGUUAUCAUACCACAAUUGAAAGAAGGAAAGAAAAUCAUCAUUGCUGCACAUGGAAACAGUUUGCGAGGAAUAGUCAAGCAUCUUGAUGAAAUGUCAAACGAUCAAAUUAUGGGAUUAAAUCUACCGACUGGUAUUCCUUUUGUAUAUGAGCUGGAUGAAAAUUUCAAACCAGUUGUCUCUAUGAAAUUUUUGGGCGAUGAAGAAACUGUCAAAGCAGCGAUGGCUGCUGUCGCUGCACAAGGAAAAGCAAAAUAAAGUUUUAAAGAUAAACCUUCUACAGUAUCAAUUUUUAGUCAGAUAAUGUAUAAAAUCUAAGAUCGCAAAUAAUUUCUAAUAUUGGUUUAAGAAAAUAUAAUUAGAUAAAGAAACGAACAAAAUUAUAAAUA